AUGCUCUCUGUCGGCACCGCCGGCAUUGCAGCAGGUGCGGACUCGCAGACCGACCCAGCGUUCGCCGCCAUGGCCGCGGACCCGGCGUCCCGCGCGGCGUUCGUUGCCGCGGCCGUCGCGCUCGCUCGCGACAGUGGCUUCGAUGGGCUCGACGUCGCGUGGCGGUUCCCGGUAUCCGACGUCGAGAUGGCCAACUUCGGGUUCCUCGUCUCCGAGUGGCGCGCCGCCGCGCCGCCGGGGUUCCAGCUCACCGCCACGGUCUACUUCUCCAACCACGUCUUUGACGCGCCGCUCCCGGGCGUGGACAACCCGUCCGAGGGCGUGGCGAGGUGCCUCGACUGGGUCAACGUCGCGGCGUUCGGCCUCCACCCGCUAGCCGCGGGUGCGACCAACGCCACGGCCUUCGACGCGCCACUCUAUGACCGGGCGUCCCACUUCUCGGCGAGCUACGGCGUCGUGUCUUGGAUCGACGCCGGCGUGCCCGCGAGCAAGGUUGUCAUGGGCCUCCCGCUCUACGCCCGCUCGUGGUUCCUACGCAACAAGGCCAACAGCGGCGUCAGGGCGCCGGUGGUCGCUGCGUGGACGAAGCAGCACGGGAGCCACGCCACCGGAAUUAUGUCCUACGCCGAGGUCCAGAAAAUCGCCGCUGCCGGCGGGGACGGCCGGCGCGCGGUCACCACGACGUUCGACAACGCGUCCGUAGCGUCCUACCUAUCCAUGGGUGCCGUCUGGGUCGCCUUCGACGGCGCGGCAGUCGUAGCCGAGAAGCUCGCCUUCGCAGCGCGGCGUGGGCUCCUCGUCUACUUCCUAUGGCCGGUGAACUACGACGACGCCAACCUCACCGUCUCAAGAAGUGGUCAGUGA